UUAAGUGGCAGUCACAGUCAAUCACAGAGCUUAUCCCACCUACCAAUCAAAACACUAGAGUCACACACCCAACACCAUAAAUCUAGUAGUUGGCCACGGUGUCCUUUUUGUUUAACUUUCGUUUUACACACUAAUUCUUUCACUACUGCCUGCUGCCUACCGCAUACCGUCACUCACCUGACCUGACUAACUGGUUGAGUCACUGUAAUUAAUCCCUGUCUUGCCUAGAAUUAUGCAUUGACAGGUGAAUUUACUGCUGCUAUUUGUACUGAGGAAUUAGGACGGCACCUCUUUACCAUUUUCAGCUUUUUAUUUUUAUUAUUCUGCAUCAGUUUUCUAAGCUACAACGGCCACUAAAACUUGCCGGCCUACCCAACUUUGCACGAAUUAUACAACAGCAGACGAACCAAAGUCCUCCUAGCAAUAUGGCCGCCUACGAAAGCCAACAAACAACCGGACCGACUCCUCAAGUCAAGUUCGAGGCUUCUCCUGCCGAGUCUCUGAUGUCCGUUCCCGGAGAUGCCUACCCUUCUCUCUUCGACACAUCUUCGGCGUUGAACCCCUUAGAAAGCGUCAUGACUCCACAGUCGUUCAUGAGCGAGGAUAGGCUUGCCAGUCAGAACGUUGAUGAUGAAGCAUCGCCUACACCUUCUCCGGCCCCCGAAAGUUCCGAGAAGAAGCCGACCAAGAAGCGAAAGUCAUGGGGCCAAGUCCUCCCCGAGCCGAAGACUAACUUGCCUCCCAGGAAACGAGCCAAGACUGAGGACGAGAAGGAGCAACGACGAGUCGAGCGGGUGCUACGAAACCGUCGCGCAGCCCAAUCUUCCCGAGAACGCAAGAGACAAGAGGUGGAAGCUUUAGAAGAACGAAACAGACAGCUAGAAGACAUGCUACGAAACCAGCAGAAGACGAAUGAAAUGUUGAUGGAUGAAUUAAAUAAAAUCCGACAAGGCUCCGGUGUUAGCCGCAGCUCAUCUCCACUUGAUGGAUUACAGCCCUCUCCCCUUACCCUUUCUCAGCCGCUUUUUGGUUCAUCAAAAGAUGGCUCGGCUCAGGCCAAACCCGGGAUGAUGAAUGAUUUCAUCCUCAUGCCGGAGCAGGACGGUACCGUCGACCCUGCAUCCCUUUCCCCCGAACUCACUCCUGUCCCUGAUGACAAUGCCCCCACGUCAGCCACCGAAGACGUUGUGAUGACCCCCACCCCUGUGGCUACCACCUCCGACGAGAUACAACAUCCAGCAGCGGUGUUGUGCGACCUGCAGUGUCCGUCGGUGGAGGUGCCUCAGUCGUGGAAGGCCUCGCAACAACCGUCUCCUCUAGCACUGUCACUCUUCCUGCAGCUUCAGAUGCUGCUGACAGCCUCUUCGGUGAUGCUUUCAGCCUUUCGGCAACCUUUGACAUUGAUUCGUGGGGCGCUCAAGGCCAAUUUAGUCCUACAUCCGACCCCCUCAAUUUUGAGUACAAUAAUCUGGCUGGUAACUCGACCCCCCAAUUUCCGGACUUCGACUUCGACCAGUUCCUCAGCACCGACGACGCUAGCGGCGCAGCUCAGGGCGCGACCGCGGGAAGCGACUCGGUCGCCCAAGAACACCCGGACCCAGUUUUCAGCCUCUUCGACUCUGAGAAUCAAAUCUCUUCAGAAACUCUUAACCAGCAGCCCCAUCUUGGCGCGUCCUCUAAAGGAUGCGACGAUGGAGUUAUUGCGGUUGGUGUCUAAGAAGGGAGGCGAUGAUCAGGUCGAGGAGCUGGCACUUGGAUCCCCGGGUAUCAAGGGAGAUCGUAGCCGUGGACCGCAGACGUGGCCAGAGGGCACCAGCUUACCGUCUCGAGAGGUAUUGCUCACACUACUAUGGGCAAUCCAAAUCGAAGAACGGAAAUUAGAAUUAUUAUCGAGAGGGGCGACUAUAGCCUCAUCAUCGCCAAGUUCCCGACCUGGAUCAAGCGUCCUACCAGAACAGACACCAACCCAGAAUUUUGUAUUAUCAGUGACAUCAUUAAAAAGGAGUAGAGAGGUAACGGAACUGGACAGUGGAAAGCGGAUACGACUUUCCCCAUAAUGGAGUUCCGGAGCCAAAUGGAUAUCGGGGGGGGCCAACUGGCGGGCGUCACAGGAGCGGUUGCAAUGAUGCCAAUAGGUUUUAUAUUUGGGCAUAGAAGAUGGGUUAUGUACCACCACUAUGCGCUAUGAAAUGAGAAGACAAUCAAACGUUUAUUA